GUUUGAUAAUAACAAUCAAAGAACAUUCGCCAGCAGACCAGACCUAACUAAAAACAUGGCAAAGCAUCAUCCAGAUUUAAUUUUCUGCAGGAAACAGCCCGGAGUCGCUAUUGGACGUUUAUGUGAGAAAUGUGACGGAAAAUGUGUGAUUUGCGAUUCUUAUGUGCGUCCGUGCACGUUGGUUCGUAUUUGUGACGAGUGCAACUAUGGCUCGUAUCAGGGGCGAUGUGUGAUUUGCGGCGGGCCUGGAGUAUCUGAUGCUUAUUAUUGUAAGGAGUGCACGAUACAGGAGAAGGAUAGAGAUGGCUGUCCAAAGAUUGUCAAUUUGGGAAGCUCUAAAACAGAUCUGUUCUACGAGAGAAAGAAAUAUGGGUUUAGGAGACACUAGCAUUAGGUUUCUUUUUAGUUUUUAAAUAUUAAUUUCUGCAAAGUUUCUGUUAUUUAAAAUAAUAAAAACAGAGGUUUUUCUCAACUAAAGUUUGAUUGAAAUACAAGUUUGUUUUUAUCAACUACUUUGUUGUUGACUUUUUAAAGCCAACGGCUAUUAUGAUCAAGUAUGGUUUUCAAUGUCUAAAGAGUUGCAGCUCGGGUCCAAGAGAAAUUCACAUAUAUUUUUUUAAAUUCAUUCAUUUAUACAAUUGGAUUGUUGUUAUCGAUGAUAUCUGUUAUUUUUUUACAAUUUUUUUUAUCCUUUGUUUAUUCAAUGCAGAUUAGUUUUCAUUUUCCAACUAGAAAGAAAAUACUUGAAAAAUACAUUUAGUUUUUGCAUUUAAAUUAUUAAGAUUCAUUUUUAUUUUUUAUUUUUCUACUAAAUUGUCAAUAAAGAUAUUUUUGACUACCAUGUGCUCUGUAAAACUACAGACAAUAUGUUAGCAAUAUUCAUGUAUGUAAUGAGAGUGAUUGUACUGUGUGAAUGUUGUCUGUCAUAUUUUGAAAACUAUGUUUCUAGUGUGUACUUACAUUAAGACAUUAUGUAAUUAUUAAUAAAUGCAUUGGUAUUACACA